UUCUCAUUCAGAUCUCUAACCUCAAAUCACCCGGACAAGCGUGCACUUACACCACACCCAAUCCUACAGAAACAUGUCCUGUGUUAAUUCAGUACAGAUGAGUCCAACAGGGACCAUACGUAUUCUGUAAGAGUUGAUUUAACACUGAUUUUACUGUGCAGGAAAAUAACAGAUACAUGCUAAAUGGACUUAUGAAUUCACAUUCUUUCUCUGGCUAUAUAUGAAGACCUUAUUGAUUAACAGUUUUAAUGAUUUGCUCAUAUUUGUGUGGUUAUUCCCUUAAAGACAGUCCUCUUAUCAUGGAUCAAUUGCCUGCAGGUUGAUCAUAUAACUAAGCCAAGCAACUUCCUGAUGUUUCACUCAAUUGACACAAUUACAAUAAAAGACAUACCGUCUGUGCUUAUUUUAUAUAUAAAUUGCGGGCGGGUGCUGGUGUACCCGGUGGACGGGAGCCACUGGCUGAACAUGCGCGUCCUGGUGGAGGCGCUGCACGCCCGGGGGCACCAGGUCACCGUCCUGCGGUCCUCCACCAGCUGGUACAUCGCUGAGCGCUCCCCCCACUACACCGCUAUCACCGUGCACCAGGAAGCCGUCCAGAGCAUCGAGAGCAAGGACACCAUGUCCCACUUCCUGCACACGUCCCUGGAGCUGCGCAAGGACUGGAGCUCCCCGCUGGCCUUCCUUGAAUUCUACACCAACCUCUUUCGCCUGAUGGCCCAGAACAACAGGGUGGUGGCCCAGGUGGCGCGCAUCAUGUUCACGGACGGGGCUCUGAUGCGGAGGCUGCGGGAGGAGCGCUUCGACCUGGUCCUGACCGACCCAGUCUUCCCCACAGGCGUGCUGCUGGCCCACAAGCUGCAGCUGCCGCUGGUGCUAAACGUGCGCUGGUCCCUGAACGGGGAGGGCCACUUCGCCAUCGCCCCCUCGCCGAUCUCCUACAUCCCCCUGCUCUUCUCCCACAGCUCUGACAGGAUGGACUUUCCGCAGCGGCUCUCCAACGCGCUGUACUACGGGCUCAGCCUGUACCUGUACUACUUCGUCUCCAGCCCACCGUACCAGGCCGUGUGCCGAGAAUUCUUCUCUCCAGGCGUCGAUGUCUUCUCGCUCAUCCAGGGAGCCGACCUGUGGCUGAUGAGGGUGGAUUUCGUCUUCGAGUUCCCGCGCCCUACCAUGCCCAACGUAGUGUACAUGGGCGGGUUCCAGUGCCGCCCCGCCCAGCCCCUCCCCUCUGAGCUGGAGGAGUUUGUGCAGAGCUCCGGGAAGCACGGGGUGGUGCUCAUGUCCCUGGGCACCCUGCUCGGGGGCCUUCAGCCACACAUUUCGGAUGUCAUCGCCUCUGCCUUUGCCCGCCUGCCUCAGAAGGUGGUGUGGAGGCACCUGGGGGCGAGGCCAUCCACCCUGGGCAACAACACCCUGCUGCUGGACUGGCUUCCCCAAAAUGACCUGCUGGGCCACCCCAAGACCCGUGCUUUCGUCACGCACGGAGGCACCAAUGGCCUGUACGAGGCCAUCUACCACGGCGUGCCCAUUCUGGGCCUCCCGCUCAUCUUCGACCAGAUGGACAACAUGGUGCGCGUGGAGGCGCGGGGCGCGGGCAUCGUGCUGGACGUGACGGCGCUGGAGGUGGACUCUCUGACCCAGGCUCUGCAGGACGUCCUGGACGAGCAGAAGCCCUACAGGGAGAACAUGCGCAGGCUGUCCCGGCUGCACCGCGACCAGCCCCUCGAACCUCUGGACAGCGCCCUCUUCUGGAUGGAGUUUGUCAUGAGGCACGGGGGGGCGGCGCACCUGCGCACCGAGUCUUACAGGAUGCCCUGGUACGCCUACCACAACCUGGACGUGCUGGCCUUGCUGCUGGGCUCCGCCACUGCUCUCCUAGUACUCAUUGGCGCCACCUGCAGGUGUCUGUUUCAGAGGCUCUGCAGGACCAGGAAGGUCAAACGGGAGUGAUCAAACUACCGCCAUGUUUCCUCAGUGUAGAUAGUCGGUUGAUGGCAAUUUAAUUGACAAUAGUGUCAGAAGGCUUUUGAUUAGCAUGAUAUAGCCUAAUUGCACUGCGGUCUGUAACAUCCACAUCAGCUGCACAGGUGUCCUGGGCAGUAAUUGUGCUGCUCAGCCCGUCGAUGGCUGAGCUAAGCACCAUGGCCAGACUUCAUGUGGAACACCUGUACUGGUGUGAACCAUCUCAUAAGCCGUGUUUCCACCAAAAGUACCCAGAACUUUUAGUCCCAGGAACUACUUUUCAAGGAACUAAAAGGUUCCUUCAGCCCACGGUUGUCUGCGUUUCCACCGCGGUCUAAAGUCCCGCGAAGAUUAGGCAAAUUAGCCCACUGACGUAUGAAAAAGUGACGUUGUCGUCGGUCCAUCUGUCCUAUGAUUUCUUCUGUAACCCCAUACUACCACCGAAUUAGCCUACAUUAUUUUCUAAUAACUGGGACAGCCCGGAGGGGUUUAUUUCACUUAUAUACAACGGGUUACCAGCAAUGACUAUAUAUGGUUACUUUUGUAUUUAUUGAUUUUUAUCGAUUUAAUCACCUGGAAUUAAAAUAUUCUUCUGCAGCAGUUUGGGCAUAUUUUACCGUUGUCAAGCAAAACUGUCGUUGGUAGUUGAACUUGGACCGUUGUUAUGCAACAAAUAGGAUAUAACAGGCCAAUAGUCAGAUUGUAACUGUAUUAUAUAUCCUCUCAAACACAUUCAUUAUGUUUUUAUGCGAACAUUCGCUUUCAUGUCUUGACAUCCGAAGCGACAGAAUGCAUUCACAUUUAUAUGUAUAACUGGCAACAACAGCAGAAAACAUGCACACGUUGUAAACAAUUUGCUGUUUGAUUACUUUCUCAUCGUCAAUUCCAUAUAGGCUAAUCGCAAAAUGACAAGAAUAGAACGAAAACUCGGACUUGCGUGAAAAUUUUAAUUAGUAGUGGUACAGCCACCGUUUGUUUUCCUUCGAAGUUACUGCUAGCCGAGCAGCGAAGUGUGCCCUCCAGAUGCGAACCAUGCACCAUAAAUUAGUCCAUAGUUUUCCUGGUCUUUUUGUGGAAUUGAAGAAUGGCAGAGUAAAAUUACGGCAGUCUGAAAAAGCAAAAGGGACGAUUACUAGAAUUAACCUGUUAUUUUACCUUGACAAAAAGUGCGGAAGGUGAUUUCCAGUUUGCUUUUACUGUAUCACCAAUGUGAAUUACGCAGAACUACCGCAUACCUCACAUAACUGUAUCAAACGUUUUGAGUCAAUUACAACGGGCUAACAAAGAAAAUCCGGAAGAAAAUAUUCAGCAACUGAAUUAAUCCGUUUGAAUGUUUUGGUACGUAAUAUGCUGUCCCAGCACGAAUGCUUAGCAUUUUAUAAAACGAAUACUAAAGCAAGAAAAGAACAGAAGAGCACACGUUAUAAUUCCAAGACGUUGGCAGGCUAUAACCAAAACUAGGCUACUGCGCCGCAUAACAUACAAGUUUGAUUUGAAGUUAUUAUGAAAAUAAAUUGGUUUGCGGCUGAAUAUUUUUAAACAUGGCGGUUGAAAAUAAACACAAAAAAAUGCUGCGAGUACUCGACCAAUCAGAAAUGUUCAGCGCUGCAAGCUCCACCCAAAAGGUUCCUGUACUUUCGGAAAGUACUACCCCCCGAGCAGGAAAUUUUUUGGGGGUAAAAUAAAGCCCCCGGAGCUAAAUUUAGACCCUAGUUCCUGCGGUGGAAACGCACUGAGUUCCUCAAAAGGUUCCUAGUUCCGGGGUAAAGUUCCUGCGGUGGAAACGCGGCUAUAGUCCUACAGAGACCGGGUGGACUUUCAGUCAUAUGCUAUUCUAAUUUGGGCUGUGAAAUGGGAAACAUAUUGAAAACAAAUUUUUCCAUUUAUUUGUUCCAGGUGGUGGCCUACUGUUGCACCACCUUCUCAUAAUCAUAUUAAAUCAAUCUGACACUUACUGCAAAAUAAAUAUGAAUGCAAUUCAGAUCCAUAUUGUCACCAUCUUACUUGUUUGUCUAAGCUUUUCACCUUCGUUAUUUCAAAUGAGACAUAGCCUACAUGGCUAUGCUUUAUUUUACAUUCACUAGAUUCCUCGUUAAGCAAUUUUUUUUUUCAUGUUCUUUGUAAGGUUUUCAAAAUUCAGAUGCACUCACCAAUAGGCCUAUUUCACAAGAUGGCGACCAAAACCGGAUGUAGGGAUACUUUGUUUCCGGUUACCGUUGCUACGGACGCAAGUCCAUUUCUGACAGCGAAAAAUUGAGCCUAAACAGCGACGUGUGUUCUCACAGUCCCUGAUAGCUCUGCCAACGUUCACUGUCCGAUGUUAUCCGCAUUGUCGAAGCAUUGCCAGUGAACGUUAAGCGGUCUAAACUGGACAACGGCUAUACAUUCUUUUUUGAGAAGUUUAUAUUCGGUUAUGAAGGUAAGUAUAACGUUAGCUCUGGUUCACCAGAAAGCUAAGUAGCUAGCUUGCUAACCACAUUAAGUUUAAAGAGAUGUUUCACUUCGACAUAACAAAUUCUUUUCUGGAGGCGACUCCAUUGUGUUUUCGUAGCGUGAAGCAACAUCUGCUGUCCAUUAACAGCGUCUCUGUUCCUCUCGGUUGUCCCGAAAAUGAAUGAAUAGGGAGCCUGACAACUGUGAGGAAAAGCGAUUCUGUUAACAUUGACGGUCAACAGGGGAGGCAAAUGCUAUGUAAGUACAAUGUGUUAGGCUCCACAAAAUUACUUAUGUUAUUAUACCGAAGUGAAAUAUCUCUGAACUAAGUUUUGUACUACCGUUACUAUUUUGUGACAUGCUGUUUGUGCUGUACUUGUUCUAAUAAAGAUUUAUAUUGCUUGUCA